CACAUAUAGAAGAUCUUUGCAGCAGUAGUUCCUGAUCAGACUUCUCUAAAACUGUCAUUGUUGGCUCUGUGUGUGAUCCUGUCCCCUUGUGUUACCGGUUGAACUCCCAUCAUACACUUCCACUUCUCCCUGUUAUUGCUGUCAUGAAUGACUUUAACUUAGUCUACGUUAUACUCGGCAUUAUCUUCUGGUGCUGUUUCUUCACCUGUAGCUGUCUGUGCAGGAGCGCUGCUAAUCCAAACUCUGAGGUGGCUAAUGCUACCCAAACCUUGGUCACCACCACGCCUCAGCAGUACCCACAGCGGUACCCUCAGUACCCAAUUACAAUACCUGGGCCCUCACAGUCCUAUCAGAGAGUCCCCUACCAGGCAGUACCAGGGUACCCUGGUUACCCAGCUAUGCCUGGCAAUCCAGCUGUGCCCAUGACCACACCACUCAACCAUGAACAGCCAUUAACACCACCACCAUCGUAUCAGGACGCAAUUGGUCCCGCCUAUCCUCUGCAACCAAUUAACCAAUCUUCCAGCCAGCCAGAGUACCAUUCGAAGCCUCCAGCCCAGCCGCAGCCCAAUGCUCUAACUGACAGCUCAGACUUCCUCGCCAGCUCGGCACACAACCAGGAAUUUGUUCUACCCUAUAGGCUGGAUACUUAGUGUAUCAAUCAGACACAAAAACGCUGCAACAUUUUCAAAUUUGGCUCAAUUGGGAGUAUGUGCUUUGAAUGAAGAAGAAGGAACUCCAGAAUAACUUGCUUCUUUUAUUUUGAUGGCUACAUGUGGGAAUGUUAGGACAGUAAUGGUGCACCAGCUGUGUUCAACAGUUUAAAACAUAUUUUUGGAUAUGUGUGCGAAAUGUAGUAAGCAUAUACACUACAAACUGCAGUCAUUUUGUUAUUGUUGUUGUUUUUUUCUAAACAGUUUUCAAUGGCUCUAUCUUGGGUAUUUUGGUAAAUUAAACAUGAGAUCACCAUUUCUGGAUAUUUUGCAUAAAAAAAGCAGAUUUUUGCUCAUAUAGCUGAAAACUAAAAUGGAAUUGUCAAAGAAAACUGCAAACAGUGCAUCUCUAAUGUCCGUGGACAUCAAAUCUUUGCCAUCUGCCAUCUUAUUGCACACUCAUGAAAUGCUUUGAACCUUUUUUCCCCCCCUGUACUUGUGUACAUUGCCUUGGAAGUCGUGUUACAUGUGAAAAUGUCAUGUCAGUUGACCACCUGUGUUUAAUUCAUUAUUUAAUUCACCUGUGUCAAUUUGACAAACUAAGCCUUUUACACAGGGAAAGUUGUUGUGUGUUACGUUUUUUGUGUUCACAUGGACAGAAGACUUCCCUGCUAAGGUUUUUUUUUUUGCCCCAUCUUAUAGCCUCAUUUCCAAAAUGGUUGGAAACGCUGUGCAAAGUGUAAACAAAUACUGAAUGCAGUGAUAUGCAAAUAACAUAAAGCUCAAAUUUAAAACAGCACAAAGACUUUGAGACUUUUUUCAAGAUAAAUAUCAAAGUUCUAACAAAAAAAUAAGAAUAAAAAACACACGUCGGUCAGCUUGGGCAAACACUUGAUGUGAAUUCAUGAGCCUAAUAAUGGUUUUGCAUUGUAGUGAUUACACAGGACACAGUCUCUGUAUCAUUGAAGCUUGAUUUUUUUUUUUUACCUAAAUUUAAUUUUUAAUCAUAGAAGUGCUUCAGUAAACAUGUGACGGGACUUAGCCGGCUACAAAUAAAGACAGGUCAUUUUCAAACUCCCAGAAUAUAUUGAGGUUGAACUUGCAGUUUGGGGGUCCUCUAGUGGCUGUGGCAGCUCUAUGCAACUGCAUAGUCCACAUAUAAAGAAAGGAAUGAUCCUGGAGUUCACUGUAUUUAAAUGGUCUCCACAGUCACCAGAUCUCCACCCAACAGAAGACCUUUGGGAUGAAUUUGUAGCAACUGUGUGACGCUAUCGUGUCAAUAUGGCCAAAAUCUCAGAGGAAUGCAGCACCUUGCUGAAUCGGUGCCAAGUCUGUUUAAAAAUGGGCGGUGAGUGUGUGAUCACCAGUUUCUGUUUGUGUUUCUGUGAUGUUACUGAACACAGAUUUAACAGAUGUUGUACUGUAGCCCAAUAGUCUUGGGGAUAUUCUACAGUAUCUUGGGUGAUUAAGUGAUACAUGAAAACAUUUUGGAGAAUGUGCAUGGUGUGCUGUCUGAUGGUGUUUGAUCUGAAAUUGUAAAAGCAAAAUCAAUGCAAAAUAAAGGCAUUCUUAUAAAUGACUACCUACAAACGCUUUUUCUCAGUAAGAAGCGUGACCAAGCUAUUUUGUGCUAAUGAUCUUUCAAGUCAUUUUCCUUUUUUUCCCUUUUUACACAAAAUUACAAAUGAAACAGCACAUAAACAAAAGUCCUCUUGUGUAAAAUUUAAUAAGUUCAAACAACAUCCUGUUGUAAGAACGUCAAAAAUAAGGUUCAUUGGCAGCAUUUAUUU